AUGGCGUUUGGGAGUGGUCACAUAAAAUUUCAGCCAGUGCCAUACGAGAGCGGACUGGCCGGCGAGGGACUAUCGCCCGGCAAAUCGCUANUGAUAUUCGCCACCCCCGAAAAGAAAGGCAAACGUUUCCACAUCAAUCUGCUCAAGAAGAACGGCGAUAUUGCGCUGCAUUUCAAUCCGCGAUUCGACGAAAAGGCAAUCGUUCGCAACUCGUUGAUCAGCGGCGAAUGGGGUAACGAAGAGCGUGAGGGUAAGAACCCACUCGAGAAGGGCAUUGGUGCCGAUCUGGAAUUCCGAAACGAGGAGUACGCUUUCCAGAUCUUCAUUGAUGGCGAACGUUUCGCCACGUACGCUCACCGUCUGGACCCUCACGAUAUCAACGGUCUUCAAAUCGGUGGUGACGUCGAAAUUACCGGUAUUCAGAUGGUCUGA